AUGGCGGUAUCACUACCCCGUCUCCUGCUGUUGUUCCUCUCGAUCUUUUCCGUCUCUUCUCUCGGGCGGUUCUGCUACGCAUCUUCCCUCUGUCCAAGGGUUGAUGAACUCGCCUUGCUCGAGUCCACCGUCCGAUCGCAAUGCCCUUCCUGGAUCAAGCGUUCUCCUGUCCUCGAGGUACGGACUAUUUGCCAUCUCCGUUGAUUUCACUGCCUGUAUGCUUUGGCUUUCGAGGGUUCUGCGGAAAAUCGGCCAUCUCUUCUGUGUUUUGGUGUUCCCUGCAUCUUGGUGCUUGAUCCGUUCCGCUGCUAUUCGUGGCGCCAGCUUUCCAUGAUUCCGAUUUCACCUUCCUCUGUGCAUUCCCUUCUUGUGACUUCCUUUGAUUAUUCCUUAUCGCUGCUGCCUUUUAUAUUAUUUUGGUAUCUCUGGUAGUGCUGCUACAGGCAUGUCGACAAGGCGUUUAUGACGACUCUACCCCGAUAAAAUAGAACCUUCUGACUAAUAAAGCGAAGAAUUCCCUCUUUGGAGUUUGAUUGCAUGCUUCUAAUCCUCGAGAAGUCAAUCAAUCGUAUUGUUCUGUCUUUACUUUUCUCUCAAAUUUUGGGAAAGUCAAGGAUAGUGAGCUUUCGCUAUCAUCUUUCUCUGGCUUCUUGCAUUCUCGUGUGUUGGUCGGAUUCUCGUCACCCGGCCAGCCCCCAGUCCUGACCAGCUGCGUGUCGGUGGCUGUUACUAUUCCAAGGAAGACUUGGACCAAUCUGCCUGGUUUCAGCUGGUUGAAGUCCGACCAGUCUCCGCAGUUGGCCGGCUGAGAGACUAGUAUUCUGGAAGCUUAAAACUCCCUUUGAACUGCUGCAUCUCUCAGCUUAGUUGUGGACCUUUCCUGCUGGACUGCUUGGGAAUCUGGGGCUUCACCAGUGUUGAAAUGAUUGUGGAUCAGGAUCCCCUUCUUGAACUCGAAGGCCGAAGAACAGAAUAGAAGAUGAUGAGUCGGCUGAGGCCUUCGUAAGGACCCUUGGGUUCCUCCUUUGGUUGAAGGAAGAGCCGCCAGUAAGCAGAGGGAUGAGGGGAACUGGUGGCAACUGUUGAAAACAACAGAAAAGUUGGAAAAAAAACUGGAAAAAAGCUUUUUACCCAAACAUCCGUUGGUGCCAGCUGCCUGUGACUCUCGUGCUUUCCCCCCCCUGAAAAUGGUUUUAGGCGUAGGGAAGGUUUAUAAAAACCGUCAUAUUUUAUAGAAUCCCCAACUUUCAAGGUAGAAUAUAUUUACAUUUCUUUUCAAUCAAAGAUAUUUUGAAAUUAUUGAAAUAUUCCUAUGAUUUUUUCGACGAUCUUAUGCUAAUAGGCCUCUUCAAGUUUUGUCACUCUAUCAGAGGAAGAAUUUUCUCAUCAAUCUUAUGGUUAGAAAAAGAUCCUAAUGACUAUUUGGAAAGGCUCCUUUCUCUAUGUUUCUUAAUAGGCGUUUGACAUUCGAUUUGUGAGGGAUAUUGAUUGAAGGGUAUACUUCAUUAAGCGACAAUUCUUCAUGCAGAUACUCUGCAUAAAGUGGGUAGAUCCAGUAGUCGAAUCUGGGUCUGGUAAUGAUAGUUUCUUUGAUAGAAGAAGUAAUUUUAUACUGUUUCUGAACUUUAGUCCACACAAAGUAUACCCUUUAUACUCUGCAUAAAGGGUAUACUCUCGUCCUAAAGUCUUCUGGAGGAUAAGCAUCUUCAUUUCCUUUCUAAAAUCAUAAUAAAUCACAUAUUAAUUGUUGACACAGUUGGGAACGAAUGUGAACUGUUAUCAAAUUGUGGUGGCUUUGUUGUCAUGAGAUCUGACCUUGUGCCCUAUUUGGCUUGGUCCAUGAACUAGAUGUAUGGCCUAACCCUAUUCUGGAAAAUAUUGACAACUUGUUUUGCCAUUUUCUUUGUAAGAAUUCUCCUCCAAAUAUAUCAUUUGUUGAUAUCUCAUAUUUUUCUAUCAAUUUCCAUAAUUUAUUCGUGGUGUUUCAUGGUCUUACAACCAUCUGGAAGACUGUCACAUAGGUGCCUUCAUCAUAUUAAUAGAAUGUUUUGUGCUUUUGGGCGUAUAACAUGAAACAAUUCGAAAAAUAUGAACAUUGCAAAACGCCCGCUUCCUUCCUAAAUGUUUAUGUAUGGUUAUAUUGUAUAUGUGAAUAAUAUCAAAUAGAACCGGGCUGCUCUGCUCUCUUGUGCUAACCUUUGGUUCUGUCUCUUGGGCUUGAUAGUGACAAGGCAUAGGAAUCCAGACCUUAGAUCUGAACUAGCUAAUGACUGUGUAUAUUGUAUGAAUCGAAACCAAACCAUUAGAGGUUCUGGUCGCAUGGGUUUUUAAUUUUUUCUUGUGAAAGUGGAUAGUGCCACAUAUGUUUUAAACAUAGAAAUAGAUCAUAUUCUAGUUAAUCAUCAAUGGGUUACUAAAGGAGAUCCUCUGUUCAAUAUUUUCUCCCUCAAUAUCAAGGAGCAAGGAUUCAAUUUCCACCCCACACUGAAUUGAAUAGAAACGGCAUCCCUCUCUACAGAACACCUAUGAUAAUCAUAGCUUUCUGGGUUCUAUUGAUUCAAAAUAACCCUUGCAAUAGCAUUUAGAACAAUAAUUUAAAUCUUUCCAACUUUUUUACUGAACUGUUCAUUCAUAACGAGCCAAAAUUAUCAACUCUUGAAGGCACGUCUCUAUGACUGCUUUAUACCCCAGCAUUUUACCAUUGUAUGCCUACUUGAUCUGUCAAUAUGCUGCUGGGGAUAGUCGAAUCACACUACCAAUCGAAUCUGGGUAGCUCUCUAAUGCUGAAUUUUCCUCAUUAAAGUUUUCACCGUUGAAGGAAAAGACAUACCCAAAGAAGAGUACUCAUAUACUGCAUAGCUUCUCCAUCUGGGAUCAUGUGUUUUACAUUUUCAUUGAUGUAAGACAUGUGAUAUUAGCACAUCUGAAAAGUGUUUGUGCGAGGUAAAUUUCAUUAAUUCGCUUUUAUAUCCUCAAUCAGUAAGAAUCAAGUUUUUUUUUUUUUUCAUUAUGGAUGAACCUUAAAACUUAUUUUUGACCGGUCGCCUAGAUCUUUGCCCGUGAUGUUUAUAUCUGAACAUUUAUGCCCUUAGAUUCGGAAUCUUAACUCCGCCAAUUCCAGAUUAUUGGGUCCUUGAUAGAGUGAACUAAGAUCCCAAUGAAUCAAAUGGCCUGACCGCAUCAAUAAAUUGGCCUCGCCAUUUCUGUUGCUUAUUCGAACAAGUUUUACAUGAUGACCUCUCUGGUUUCGUUUCGUUUGGUUUGAGACUGAAAGAAAAGAUUUCGUGGCCUUUAUUCUGCCUGCUUCGUUAAUUUGUUGGUCAGUAUUAUCGAAAUAAAAACCCCAUCACCCUAUCGCUAUUUCUGUUUAACUUUGGUAGGUGUCUGGUGAAACCCUGGACAAAGAGCUGGGUCAUGGCCGGAGGAAUGCUUAUUACUCUGUACUUUUCUAUGCUUCCUGGUGUCCGUUCUCCCAGACGACCCGCCAACUCUUCGAUGCUCUCAACGUCUUGUUUCCUGGGAUACAGCAUUUUGCCGUCGAAGAAUCUUCUGCCCUGCCAAGGUAAUCCUCGGAACAGCUUACCUCUGUAAUUAUCAAUCAUCUGUGGCUGACCAUUUCUUUGCCGACACUUCAGUGUGUUUUCAAGAUACGGAGUCCACAGCUUUCCGUCUAUAUUGAUUAUGAACGGUACGACGAGGGUGAGAUAUCGCGGGUCAAAGGAUCUCAUCUCCCUUUUACUUUUCUACAUGAAAACCACAGGUAUUUCCUUGACAUGGAUGACUUUCUAAUCGUCCUCUUCCUCCUUGAUCCAUGAACCACUUUAAGUUAGAAAAAGAAAAGAAAAGAAGGGGUCUGUAUAGUAAUAAUACUCUUGGAUUGGUAUUUCGCUGUUUGUAAUGAAGCUCAAUCUCCUGUUGCAGGUCUUGAACCAGUUACGUAUUUCCCCGGAGACCAUCCUUUUGACAUCCGGGCACAGAAGAGAACAGCGAGGGAGAUGCUGAGGAGGGAGCCCUACCUCGCGCUGUCGUUGCUCUUCCUCUUCUUCAAAGCAUUCGUAUAUGUUUCUCCGCAGAUCUGGUCCCAGGUGAAGGCUCUGUGGCUCUCCUACGUCUGGCAGGCCAACUGGGCGGCGAUCUUCAGGGGGUGGAGCCACCUUCUCAAGCGGGCUCUUCAUGCGGUCGACGUGAAGAGGCUGUGGAGCAAGCUCACAAUCAGCAAGAAGAGGAAUUUUCAGAAAGGAGCGAGCAAUGCCAGAGCAUGGGCUUCGUCUCUGACCUCCGUCUCUCUCGGUGAAUCGGCCUCGUCAAGACCGAUCUCGUCGAGUUCAUGA